CAUUACAUGGCUCGUACUUUUCAAGCACAUUUUAUAACCCUACAUGAUACCAGCACUACGUACUAUAGGAUUAGGACCCACCUCAAAGUCUCGUAGCUACAUAAUACUAUGGCCAAGGACCCAUCCCCUCCUCAUUCUCCUCCAUUUCAAAACCUAAACCUAGAUGCAUUCAACAUCCAUCUAAAGAGAGCGAAGUCACUCUUGCCAUGGAUCCUCUUGGUUUCUUUCAUCUCCCUCCUCGUCUUGAUCUACUCUCCAAACCCUAGAAGAUUUUGGCUCGCAUCGUCCGAUGUCAAAAGCGGCGAAAACGUUUGCAACUUGUUCGACGGGAGAUGGGUGAGAGAUUACGGGAGGAAUGCGUAUGGUCGAAAGAAUUGUAGGACGAUACCGGAGUCGAAAGAUUGUGCAAGGUAUGGGAAAGAUCAAGGAUUUGUGCAUUGGAGAUGGAAGCCUAGGAGGUGUGAUUUGCCUAGGUUUGAUGCUAAGAAAUUCUUGAGGAUUGUUAGAGGGAAGAGGAUGGCCUUUGUGGGGGACUCAGUCUCUAGGAAUCAGAUGGAAUCCCUUCUUUGUCUCUUGACUCAGGUAGAAACUCCGAUAGACAUUCAAGAAAAAGACUCAGAAGACCGAUUUCGAACAUGGUACUUCCGCUCCUAUGACUUCAUCCUCAUGACCCUCUGGACCAAAUUCCUGAUUGCCGGAACCGAAAGAACAGUCAACGGAACAGGGACAGGAGCGUUCAACCUACACUUGGACAAACUCGAUACAUCCUGGACACAAAAGCUCCCUUGGAUCAACUACGUUGUCAUCUCCGCUGGCCACUGGUACUUCCGAAAAAACUACCUCUACGAAAACAACAAGCUCAUAGGAUGCAUAUACUGCUCUGAAGACAAACUGAAAGAUUUUGAACCAACUUAUGCAAUCAGAAAAGCAUGCGAAACAACGCUUCAGUAUAUCUACAACUGCAAGAACUGCGAUGGGCUGGUGACCGUACUUAGAACUUUUUCGCCUGCACAUUUCGAGAAUGGGAAUUGGAACGGUGGAGGAUACUGUAACAGAACAAAACCGUCGAAAGAAAGUGAUGUUAGUUUCCAUGGGACUGAGUGGAAGCUGAGGAAUGCUCAGGUUGAGGAGGUGAAGAUGGUGAGUAAGGGGAAGAGGAGGAAGGGGAAAGGGUUUAGGGUUUUGGAUGUGACGAAGGCGAUGAUGAUGAGGCCCGACGCGCAUCCAGACAUUCACUGGAACAAUCAGUGGAUGAAAGGGUAUAGUGAUUGUGUGCAUUGGUGCAUGCCAGGGCCUAUUGAUACUUGGAAUGAGCUUAUGUUGCAAGUGCUCAAGGAAGAAGCUUUACUUGUUUGAUUACAGUGUUUCGUUCGAUACUGUUUUAAUAAUUUUUGAGAAAUCUGAUUCAUGGUCGGAGAUAUAGAGAUCAAUUGGGGGAGAUGAUGGAUUCAGUUCGGAAGAACAAUUCUGCUGUGAUAUUAUGAUCAUAAGGAUUUGCUUUUAUAGUUUAUAUCCAGAAUUAAGUUCAUUGAUAUGUUUAUAGUCAUAAAAAGAGAAUGCCACUCUGAAUGAGGUGACGCACAUCGAAAACUUAAGCCAGCCGAUAUAAUCAAAAUGUUCUAUCAGUGAGAAUGAGAACAAACUGCUAUAAACAUCGAAGUCUCAAUGACAUGCAACGAUAUUGAUGAAAGUGAAACUCAAGGGUGUGGUCAACAUCUUGUGAAACAACUGUAACUGCA